AUGUCGGGACUAGACUGCCUUUUCUUCUCCGAAACCAGAUCGGAACGGCGGGGCGACGACAGGAGCCCAAGAAGCGAGCGCCAUCGCGAGCGAAGAGCAAGUAGAGACAGUGAUAGACGUCGCACUGGCCGUAGGGAUUCCUAUUACGACGAACGUGAUGACUAUGAUUACUCCUCAUCGCGCUACAGGCACCGGUCCCGUGAACGGGAUGAUGAUAGGUACUCUUCGAGACGCGAUCGCGAUCGCCGCGAGAGCGAUUAUUAUGAUGGUGGGAGACGUGAUCGCCUUGACCGCAGAUCUAGAAGCCCAAGAAGACGUGCGGGGAAUAGGAGAACUAGAUCACGUUCACCUCAGUUGACCGAAGACGAGCGUGAUCGUCGAACUGUUUUUGUUCAACAGUUGGCUGCGAGACUUAGGACCAAGGAGCUGAUUACAUUCUUUGAGAAGGUUGGCCCAGUCAAGGAAGCCCAGAUCGUCAAAGACAGAGUUAGUGGUAGAUCUAAGGGUGUUGGUUAUGUAGAAUUCAAGGAUGAGGCAUCUGUGCCUAAGGCAAUCCAAUUGACCGGGCAGAAGCUUCUCGGUAUCCCAAUCAUCGCGCAGCUUACAGAGGCAGAAAAAAACCGACAGGCUCGAGUCAGUGCGGCGGAACAGAAUACAGCGAACCAAGUACCUUUCCAUAGACUUUAUGUUGGAAAUAUUCACUUUAGUAUCACGGAGAGCGAUUUGCAGCACGUUUUUGAACCGUUUGGAGAACUAGAGUUCGUCCAGCUCCAGAAAGAGGAGAGCGGUCGUAGCAGGGGUUAUGGUUUUGUGCAGUACCGUGAUCCUAAUCAAGCAAGAGAGGCACUUGAGAAGAUGAACGGCUUCGACCUUGCCGGUCGUCCUAUCCGUGUUGGUCUCGGAAACGAUAAGUUCACACCCGAAUCCACCGCGCAAAUGCUUCAGCGUUUCUCAGGCUACCAGGGCUUCCAGGGCUCUGCAUUCGAAAACCGUGGCCGUGGUGGCAAUGACCGUGUUGGUCGCGCUGACGAUAAAGCCGGUGGAGCUGGUGCUAGCGCUCUCGAUGAUACCGAUGUCGCUGGAGUAAACUUUAACAAUUAUAGUAGGGACUUGCUCAUGCGCAAACUUGCGAGACAGGACGAACCGGCUCCCACGUCAGAUAAGCCACAUACGAACGGAAGUAGUGGAAAAGAGAUGCCUGUGAGGCAAAAACAGAAAUUACCCGAGAAGGUGAUUGCUGGUCACAAGUCUCUCCCCCUUGACGUUCCCAUGGCUAGUAGGUGUGUUGUAUUGAAGAAUAUGUUUGACCCCACCGAAGAAACCGGUGAUGCGUGGAUUAAAGAACUAGAAGACGAUGUAAAGACCGAGUGUGAAGGCAAAUACGGCCAUGUUGUUCAAGGGGGCGAGAAAGCCAUUCAAGGGCUUAACGGGAGAUUUUUCGGUGGAAGGAGAAUCUCUGCCAGCCCGGUUGUCGACGCUGUGUACUCGAGUUUGUUCGGGCGAUCGAAUGCCAGCAAAGCAAUCUAA